AUGUGGGAAGGCAGCGGCGUGGCGUUUUUGUGCCACGUCGAAAAACGUCCCUCGGAAGAUCUGAGCGAGCUCCGAGGCUCGGCCUCGUCUCAUGAGGUCUCACCGGUAGAGCGAGAGAAACGUCGGCGGAGAGCAGAAGGGAAAGAUCAUGAACAGCAGCCGACAAAUCGGGACUGCAGGGGCUUUCCGACGGGCGCUUCGUUUUUCUGUUUCGAACGCCCUCUCGUUGCUGCCGGCCGCCUCUUUGGAGCUGCCCCCGCCUCGCGGGACUUUGAGGUACUUCAGCCAGGCAACUCGGUGCAACAUAUCCACGGCUUUCUCUUCGGCGGCGGCAGUGUCUUCGGCCUAGGCGCAGUAGGCGGCCUUCUCGAAUUUCAACGAAAGCGAGGCGUCGGACUUCCUACGUCUGCAGGACCAAUUCCUGUUUGUCCCGCGCUCGGAAUUUUUGACUUGCCGCCUUCUCCGCCGGCUGUCCCUCCAUUUCCGCUCCCGCUGUUCGUAACAUCUGAAGAUGUCGCCGCUGCAUGCGACGCAGCCGCGAGUGUGCUCGCCGCCACAGCGUCAUUCGCGACGCCAGCCGAGGCCGAACACGGUCACCAGCAACGGAGGAAACAGGCAGCGACCAAGAAACGAAAAUUAACUCCAACUUGUCUUCCGCCGCGUGUUCGCUGUUUCCUUGAGCCCCGUAACCCGAAUUUCGCUGCGGCGUCUCCCCAGCCAUGCAGAGACCCCCCGACGGUCGCGUGCGUCAUCUCCGACAGUCCUCUUCUUCCCUCGGCGUUCUCCCCUCCAUCCCCCUCGGCGCCACCCUCGCACGCGUCCCAGUCGUCUAGUCUCGCGUCCUCGUGCCCCUCGUCUUCGUGUUGCGGCACAUCUCCGUCGCUGGCUUUGCCGCAGCGUGUGCUGGAGUCGCUUGCUCUGUCGUCUGCUGCUUCGCACGAACCGUCGCAGACGUCCGCGUCACCUUUCCGUUCUCCGCGGCAGCGCCCCCGUCGCGGCUGGGCGGGCGCGGUCGGAGCCGGCGUCGGGGCGACAUGCGGGAAAGUUGCAGCGGGCGGAGGCUUCUCGGGGCGCCAGGGAGGCUGGGGUGAGGCGUAUCGCGAACGGCGGUGGCGAGCGAGGCUGCGAGAGCAGGAGCCAGAGGCCACUGGGGAUGGCCGCGAACGACGCGGAGGAGGAGGCGAGGAGGAACAUGGCGCGAGAGAGACGAGAGAGACGGGCGAGGGCCGACACAAAGUCGCGGCCGCCGGAGAAGGAGAGCCCACGCCGCCUGGGACAAAGGGGGCGCCGCCUGAGACCCUGCUUAGGGUCCAGGCAUUUGUCGUCGUCAACAGCUUCGGAGAUGUCGUGCAAGGUUCCGCAAGGAGCAAGGACGGAAGUAUUGCCCUGGGGCUGCAGAAAGACGGCAUUUUGCACUCGACGGCUGAACUCCUCGAGGAGGCUGAUCAAGAGCUCCUGUCAACACCAAUUCAGCAACGGAACACGACGCUUGUUGCCGUCUUUACCAACCUGGCGUUGGAGCGCGCGGCUCUCUCCAGGGUUUCUACCAUGGCUGCCGCUGGGAUGGCCCGAGCGAUCCGGCCGGCAUUCUCUUCCGUUGACGGCGACGCAGUGUUGGUCAUUUCCACUGGAGAACUCGACGUCGGGAGCACCGACGAGACGACAUCCGAGAUCAUCGUGGGAAGCAUGGCCGCGGAGUGCGUGACUGAUGCUAUCCGACAGGCUGCAGGGGCGUUUCUUCCCGCAGACCUCCCUGUCAAAGCAGAUCUGACACGGAUGACGUUCUCUGUGCGCCAAUCAGAUUUCUUCGGCUUGACUUUGGGUGAUGGAGGUAGCAGGAUUUGCCAGCUGCUAUACUAA